AUGCCUGAAAUUGCUGCAAAAACAAAUGUGCUGAAUACUUCCAUAGACAGGGAAUUUUCUUUGCUUUUUGGUCAGCUAAGGCAAUUUUGCAGCUUUGGAGGGGAAAAUGUCAGUUCAUCUAUGGGAAUGAAAAAAGUCUGCAAGAAUUGGUUGGUACCGAUAUUAAUGUAUAUGGUUGAAGCAAAUCGAGUACCUAGGCAUGUUAUCGAGAAUGUCUACAAAUUUUCUUUACCAAAACCCAAGCUGUACGAACCACAAUCUCAGCCUCCUUUGGUAGCAGAGUUUUUGAGAAGUUAUUGUAAAUCCCGUGGAUAUGUUGCCUCAAGUGGAUUGCCCGAUGGAAACUUGAGCUACUCGCCAAAUUAG